AUGUAUUUCUCGAACGCAGAACUUGCAAUUCAUGAGGUCUUUAUCAAGGCACCCAUCCCAACCAAUAGUCCAGACCCCCAGAGCCUCAAAAGCCUUCAUACGUGUCUUCUCGCUGCGAAGUCUUGGUUGGAUGUCUGGCUGUGUGUUCCCCCAGAACACUAUAUGGGGGUAUCCUUCACCAUCUUCUUCCAGUUCUGCCGAGCUCUUGUGGACCUCUUCAUGCUUUCUACCCUGGAUGACCCAACCUGGGAUAGGAAAGCUGUCCAAGACUGCGUUAACCUAUUCCAUUAUCUUGACCUUCUGCAAACCAAAUUUAAAAGGUCGUCUGACCAACCCGGCCAAGACGGGGAAGCGACCAUAUUUUCAAAGGGCGUCAGCAUGAUAUCGGCUAUCAAAGAAAGAUGGGGACCAUCAUUGAUGGAGGCCCGGCCGUAUCUUCCUACCACCGAGAUGGCUAACCCGACCGUACAUGAUACAUUGGACAACCCCGGCGAUCUAAAACUUGACGGUAUGGAUGACGCAUGGAUGAUGGAGUUAUUUGGAUUCUUAUAA